AAGCAACUAGGAUCUCUAAUUAAACCCAGAAGUCACUCUCCAUAACAGCAAGAAGUUCAAAGAAACAAUGAAGUCUCUCCAAUUCCUUAGUGCUGAAGCGUUCGUGUCAGAUGCAGAGUUUGCAAGGAAGAAUCUUGGCAGUGUUGCCCAUAAUCUUUUUCCUCUUCUUUUUAAAGCCAGCUAUUUACUGGAGCAAAGGGAAGUGAUUCAUGACUUGGUAGAGAUCUGGCCACUUGCUGACUUUAAUAUAGGAAAACUUUUGGGAACUACUGUGGACUACCAGGAAGAUCUGAGCCAUAGAAGAUGUUCAGUGUGCUUGGAGAGCUGUCUGACAGGGCUGAGAGACUAUGUGCUGAAUCAUCCUUCUCCCUGUGUGAAAAGGUUGAAAGUGGUGGACCUGACAGGUAUAAAAGACGUUGAAGUUCAGCUUUGUGAAUGUAAGAAGACAAUGGGGAGGUGGGCCAGGACAAAGCUGCUCUCAAAGCUUUGUCUAGAAGUGCUGGUCCACCUGCAACAAACUCAGUGCAAGCCAUGCACCUUUGAAAUCAGUAUUGAUGUGCUAAUAGACUUGUUUGUUACAGAACGCAACUAUGAGCUGGUAGUGCAGGCCCUGCUGCAGAAGCGUUAUUGUCCACUGAAGAUCUGUUGUGUGGCAUUUAGAGCUGACAACCUGGCUUUGCAGAAAUUCUUCUAUAUCAUAAAGCUCACUGAUCCCUCGUCGUUGCGCAAACUGGAAGUAGUUCACAAUGUUCGCUUGGAAAUGGAACACUUGGAAAUACUCUUCAACAGUAUUCACUUCCCUCUAUUGAUGUCCUUGACCUUGCCAGCUCGAACAUUCAAUGUGCGGAGGCUCACAGCUGCAGAUGAACUGGUGCUUACUACCAUUGGAGAAAAAAUGGGUGAAAUGACACAACUGACUGAGCUCAGUCUGGCAUUUUCUAUACUCACAGGAAGAAUACGGAAACUGCUCAGCCCACUAAAAACUCCGCUGAAGAUGCUGGAUGUUUCUAACUGCUCAUUGAACCAUAGUGAUAUGGUCUAUUUAGCCAAUAGCAUCCAUUCUUAUCACUUGGAAGCACUGGACCUGAGUGGGCACAAUAUUCCUGAACUUUAUCCAUCAACAUUCUUUAAGCUUCUUAGCCAUUCCUCUCCAGUGCUUAGGAGUCUUAUCUUGGAGGACUGUAACAUCCAGGACACUCAUGUCAACAUGUUGAUUGUAGCAUUAAGCCCUUGUCAGAAACUGCAGGAGUUUAAGUUUCUUGGAAAUCCAUUGUCAUCCCAAGCACUUAAACAGCUUUUCACAUUUCUCUGUGAGUUGCCAGUGCUGAAAAAUGUGGAGUUUCCAGUUCCAAAGGACUGCUACCCUACUGACAUCACCUACCCAAUUGAUGAUGCCAGUCUCUGCAGAUUUGAUCAUCAAAAAUAUGACAGUAUAGCAGAGGAGCUUAACUUCAUUUUACUCCAAGCAAAUCGGGAGGAUGUGAAAACUUCAACUCCGCUCUUUGGCAGUUAUGAUGCAGCUGUUCAGGAGACAAAUGAUGAACUGGGAGCUUAUUUGAUCAAGUCCUUCAAAGAGACUUUAGAAAAGUUAACUACUUCUCUUAGCAAAAUGAGUUAAAUGUGUAACAUAUUUGUGAUAAGUUGGCCUGCCAAAUCAGAAGCUAGUUUAUUCUCUUCUGGAACAGUGUCCUUCAUUGAUCAGUCUUGAGUUUUCUUUAGUUUCUGGGCUGCAUUUACUGUUGUUUUAAUAGCUUAUGAUCAUCAGAGGUUUUUUGACUAUUCUACUGCAUACCAUUUAUGUAAAUACAGCUUGUUCUCAAAAGAGGGGAAAACCCCCAGUAGAUUAUUUUACACAAAAAGCAUUUUGCUUCUUAGUAAAAUGAGGUGUCUGAAAUUGGCUACUUUCUUCUACAGUUUUCUCCAGACUUGGGAAUGAGGCUUGCAACUAAACAGGAAAGACGGGAAAGUCUCUUCCCAAGUCCAGCAGGAUCCCUCAGUGACUGCAUAUAUUCUUGUGCUGGCGGCCCAGGCCUGGAUGCAGUACUCCAGAUGGGGCCUCACAGGAGCUGAGAAGAGGGGCACAAUCACCUCCCUCUCCCUGCUGGCCACCCCUUCUUUAAUGCAGCCCAGAACACAGUUGGCCUUCUGGGAUGCAAGCACACUCUACUUGCUCAUGUCCAGCUUCUUGUCCACCAGGACCCCCAAGUCCUUCUCUGCAGGGCUGCUCAAAUGAUUGGCUGACAGCAGAGGAUUCCCCUUCACCUCCCUCCAGCAAUACAAAGUAAAUCUCUGGCAAAAUGUAUUUUACAAAGAAGUUCUGGCACAGUUCUGCACAGUUGUGCUUGUGAUAUCAAUGGGAAAGUAGCUCAAGAUGCUCCCUUUGCGGAAUUUGUGGUUUUGGCCAUGAGAAUAUACCUGGCUGCUCUCAGCUCUUUUUCAAGAUAGUCUAGGACAAUGGUAGUAAUGCAAAAAUGAGUAGUGUGGAAAAAAAUGAAUCAAAAGCCAAUUUAGAACCGUGGAAAAGGGGUAGGGAAGGCUGCUGAAUAAAUACAUAACUUACAUUCUUUUUUGUAAUAUAUUUGAUCCAUUAAAUGUAUGAUGGUAAGACUGAAAGUGAAUGGACAUGAUCCAUUUGUGUUUACAGAGUGCUAAAAAAAGCUAAAAGAAAUCAAAGUUGCCAAGCCAAACUUUCAGGACAUAGAAAAAAGAAAACAAAAUUGGGUUACAUAUGGGCUAGUUUAUAUUUGCACAGUGCUCCAAAUGAGCCCUUUUUCUUGCCUCCCUUUGACCUUUUGUAUGAGGACUAACAGCUGAACUAGGCAACUGACUACUCUUAGCAUUUCCCUCCCUCUGAUUUUGCUGUUCUUUCUAUCCAAGUCUUGACGCAUGUUUUCUCAGCCAGACAUAGUUGAUUUGAAUUUUGUUAGGCCACAGAUCUGCAUCUUUGGUGUGCGAAGUGGCGUAUUUUGUUGCUCCAUUAUUCCAUUUAGAAUAGAUGUAAAGCUAUGGGUAGUAAUUCUUCCACAACGGUAGCAGGCUAGCUAAAAUAAUGUGUCUGACUGCUUAAGAAGCAUACUGUACUCCAACAACCUGUCACUGCCUAUUUCAGUGCACACAAAAGAGUUUGUUCACAGAUUACUUCUUAUUUAGGAGUAUUUAUAUGCCUUAUGAGUACUGCAGCUUUCUCUCUACUUUCUCCUUGCCAAAAACCAGUCCUGACCCACACUUUUAUUUACUUAUUUAUCACAAACUUCUCCCCAUUUUCCAUUUUCAAUAAUAUGCACACUAUGCUGUCAGUUUAUGUCUGUCUGGGCCAGAAGGAUGUGGAGACACUGUUUUUAGUUUUAGUGCCCGUUGUCACAGUGAGGAUCAGGAGUUGUUAAGUCUUUUUCAAAUAUUCCCUUUUAGAAUGAACAGUGGAGGACACAGCAUUAAAGAAAUAGUGCACUUGCCUCACUGCAUGCAGGGUGGUUAUGAAUGACUGACGUGGUUGGAGGACAUGGAUCCACAUGUCCAGUACUUUUGCAUCCUGUUUUUGUGAAGCCAUUUGCAUCACAUAGAUAUUUUCAAGGCUUUGUGAGCUUCUACAUGGGCUGUUCCAAAAGUAAUGUCUCCUAUUUUAUUAUACUGGUCCAUGACAUCAGAGUGGAUGUUCACAGUAUGGCAGAAGAGGUUCAACCUUCCCACAGAUAUUCCAUUAUAUUUUAUUGCAAUGCAACAGAUGGCAACAGAGGAACAGUUUGACAAAGUUGUGACUGACACAGAAGUGUAUAUGAAGAUAAGAAUUGGAACUUAAUUCCUCCAUGUGGAAAAAAUUGCAGUUAUUUACACUCAUUCAUUGACACUUGCUGAAUGUUUAUGGAGACCAAACAGUGGAUGUUAGUACAAUAAGGCAGUGGGUGAUGUGUUUCAGCAGAGGCACCAAGGACAUGAAAGACAAGCCAUGCUCCAGAUGGCAAUGCACAGCUGUCACACCAUGAAAUGAAGUGCACCUCAGUCAACUAGUCCAUGCAAAUAGAUGGAUUAUGACCAGGAAUCUGCAUGUGGAACUGAAUAUUGGCUUCAAUGCAUUAGAAACGAUGGUGGCAACAUUGGAAUAUUGCAAAGUUUGCACCAGGUUGUCCCAUGAGCACACACAUGGGGAAAGAAAGAACAACAUAUACAAAUUUGUCAGGACCUAUUGAACCAGUUACAGACUGAAGGCGACAGUUUCCUAGAAUGCAUCAUUACUGGUGACAAGAUGUGGUGUCACUACUACGAGCUGGAGUCAAAAUGGUAGUCCAUGGGGAGUCAUGGAGAGUCCCCUGCUUUCAAGAGGAUCUUCCCUCAGUUUGCAUAAAUACCUGGGAUUGCCCCAUCCUAAGUGCAGCACCCUGCACUUUGCCUUAUUGAACCUCAUUAGGUUUUCAUGGGCCCACUUCUCCAGCCUGUCCAGGUUCCUCUUCCCAUGCUGUUAAUGAUAGGUUUAUGCUGUAAGCAAUUCUCAUGUUUAGAUUUAUCAUUGAGCAUGAAGUUCAAUAAAGAUAAAGGAUCAACUCCUUUUGCUGCUUUUGCAAAAGAUAAAAUUCUCAUGUUUGCAAAUUCUGGGCUGUCUUAGGCAGUAAAAUAAUGCAAUACAGGACAAAAAUGUGUACAGUUUCACAAUACUGUGAUACUAAUGCUCCAGAAGCAUUUAUGCUAAAUGAAGUAAGAUUUCUAAGGUUGCAGUCGCUCAAAUGCUUGUUCCAAAGCUUGUAAAUACUAAACACUAUGAAAGGAUAUACAGGUAAAUUUAUCUUUAUAAAAGCGGUGGAAGUUGUUACAAAGAAACCUUCCCCUUUGAGCAGAAUUUUGUUUUCAGUAGCCCUUCAUGGCUAAACAGCCACACCCCAUGAGGAAUAGUUUCCAUUAUAAGGGAGAUGGUUAGCAAUUCUUUGGUAGCAAAUAAAUUUUCCCUUAAGAAUAAAUAUAAUGCUGGGGCAGGGACAGAGUACAGCUACUGUAAGAAACACAAGCAGUCUAUGUGUGUUGUGAUUUCAAGUGUGACAGGACAAGGGGAUCUCUUUCUCCCCUUCUGGGGAAAAGGAAAGAAAAACAAUACAAUCAAGACAAGGAGAGAUAACAAAUUUACUACAAAUGGUAGAAGAAUAUAAGAUAAUAAUAAGAAAGAUAGUUACCAUUAAUAACUCAAAUGGGAGAGAGAGGAAGGCUACAACUGUGCUGCUUACUGCGCUGCCGAAAUCUGAAGUGCCUCACCCCAUCACCAGCAUAAGAGAUCAUGUGGAGGCUAAUUGGAAAUAUACUACAUCUCAGUGUGUCUUCCUCUUGGAGAGUCAGAACCUACAUGGGACUGCUAAAAAAUCAAGAAGCACAGCUCCACAAUGCACUAUGCUUCUGCAUGCAACAGCCUGUCACAAGAUGUCAUGAUAUGGAAUACUGACAUAACCAGGACAAUGUGUGUAGGAAAACCUUGUAUGGCAUUGAGGAUUUUGAAGCAGAAAGGGAAAACUGAAGAAACGCUGGAUUUUAGGAACGAACAACAGCUCUGAAAGAUUUUCACUGCUUCAAUGAAGCUGAAGCAAUUUUUUCUUCUGAGCAUCCUUGCUGCCUCGUUCUGAAAGGUUAUGUUGCCACCAUCACCAUCUUCCUUACAGGAAUCAAGGUUAGAUAAAAGGGAAGGUUGGAAAAGAAGGUAAAGGUGGCAAUUAGCAGAGUAAGUUAUUAAAUGAUUGGUGACAGACUCUGAGUAAUGGACUGACACAUAGCAGCCUAUGGUGCCGUAUCACCCAUUCGAAGUAUUACUGUCUUCUGUAAUUCCAAAGAUUUAUUUGGGCUUUUUUUUAAUUUACCUGCCUUAACAGUUUCAGCUGUGCAUAUUUCUCUUUAGUGCAACCACUUUCAGAAAUGUUGUGCUGCAUGAGAAAAGCUGUUCAUAUUCUGAUUCGGAAGAGCUUGGGAGCUCAGACAAAUCCCUUCCUGAAAGUCUUCCUUUGCUAUUACAUAUUAUCAGCCCUGGUGAAGAACAUCUCUGGAGGUAGCAUAACUGUGCAAGACUGAACAACAAAGGACUGAAAACAGGAGGGUACUACUGCAAUGAAGAUAAUGCUCUCUUUAGAUGAGAUAAUAAAAUCAUACAAGCCAACAUAAAUGCUAGAAAGCUAUGAUUUUUUUUUUUAAUUGAAGCUACUGACUAAACAGAAUAGUUCAUAUGCCAAAGCUUGCUCAACAGCCCAUACCUUGUUUGCUUGAGAACUGUGACUUCUGCCUCUACAAAGCAGAGAUCCACAAGUUUACCAUCUGACUACCCUUCAGACUGUGAGGGAAACUAUGAAGGGUAUGAAGGGUGAGGAUUCUAUAAAAUAGAGGACCCACCUGGGCUGAGAUUUUUGAAGAGGUGACAGACUGCUCUUUUGUGGAAUCAGCUUUCCUCAGUCUCACAUGGUCUACAGUGGUAUGAGAUAAUCUGAAUAUGUUGUGGAUAGUGUGGGGAAGGAAAUGUGGUUCUGUUAUAGGAAUUCAAAGAGGAGAAGUAACAGGUCUGACACGUGGAAGAAGUUCUCCAAAAGCGUGGGCUGUUAGUUAACUCCAAGCAGACAGCUAAGCAAGACACAGCUGCUCACUCAUCCUCUCCCCCCAUGGGAUGGAAGAGAAAACUGGGAAGGUAAAAGUGUGAGAACUUGUGGACUGAGAUAAGGACAGUUUAAUUAGGAAAAGCAAAAUCUACAUAUACAAGCAAAGUCAAGUAAAGAUUCACUAUUUCCAAUCGGCAGGCUGAUGAUAAGCCAUUUUUAGAAAGUAGGGCUUCACCAUGCAUAAUAGCAAAUCCGUAAUUCUGAAUACAUUCCCCACUCUGUCUUUCACCAGCUCUUAGGCCAAGCAUGACAUCAUGUGGUAUCAAAUACCUCUGUGGUCACCUGGAAUCAGAUGUCCUGGCUGUGUCCCCUCCCAUCUUCUUGUGCAUCCCCAGCCUACUUCUGCUGGAUCAUGAGAAACAGAGGCUUUGAUGCUCUGUAAGCAAUGUUCAGCAAUGACUAAAGCACCUGGAUAGGAAUAAUAGAGCCAGUUUUGAAAAUUUUUUAUGCAAAUUAAAUACGAACUGAGUAAGCGUCAUGAGAGAAUGGUCAGUCACUGGAACAGGGCCCCUCUCAGGACAGUGGUCAUGAAACCAAGCUUGCUGGAGUUCAGGAAACAUUUGGACAAUGCUCUCAGAAAGAUGGCUUGAAUUUAUGACGGUCCUUUGUGGAGCCAGGAGUUGGACUUGAUGAUCCCUGUGGGUCUCUUCCAACUCAAAAUAUUCUAUGAUAUAGUUACUUUUGUCCAUCAGUGUGUUAUCAACACUGUUUUGGUCAAAAAUCCAAAACAUAACACCAUGCAAACCACUGUAAAGAAAAUUAACUCUAUCCCAGUCAAAUCAGUAUGCAUGGAAAAACCAACUGAGCAUUUGCAGAAGGAAGAAAAUGGAGGAAAAUUAGGAGGGAGAAUGUAGUAAAAGAGUGAUAACAGGAAUAAGGUUAAGAACUGACAAAAAGUGUUGGAUUAGGAAGUGCAAGUCAAAGAGGAUAAAUGGCUUCUGGUCUCAUAAAAAAAAGACAUCUGGAAGCCUCUCAUCAUCUCUCCUACUCAAGCAGAGCCAGCUUUCAAGUUAGAUCAGGUUCCUUAGCCUAGAUUCUAUGCUAGCUUUAAAUGUGUAUAUUCAGGACUGAAUAUCACAUUAAUGCAUUUCUAUUUUCCUAAACCUGAAGCAGUCUGUAAAUUGAACACGAUCACUAGGUUUGCUUGUCAGCUUCAUUGCUGUGUUAAGAGAAUGCUGAGAACUGAAGAACAGUCAAUUCUAUUCUGCAUUUGGCCGGUUUCUGGAGGAGCAGUUCAUGUAUUACACAGUCUCCUGUGACAAGUUAUACCUAACUUAGAAGCAGCUUGCUUCUGCUUUCCUCUUAACAAAGGAGAGUUCAAACCUCCUAAUUGCUGACGCUUUUUUAUUCUCCAUUUCUUAACUGCAAGGUGAUAACUCUGUUUCACUGUACAAAAGUUCUCACCCAGUUUGCUAUCUGCUGUCAGUUUAUCAUACCUCCAUUCCUUUCCUCAUGGCAACCAGACACCAGGCAUGACUUCCAAAGGGUGGUCAUUUUGAUUCAAUAACAUCUUUUAAUGUAGUAUUUCAGCAUGGCAUUUCAUAUAUGCAGAUCUCUCAGAAAGUAAUGCCUCCUAUAUAUUUACAUGGAAACUGCAGUAGAUACAAAGAGCACAAUAACAGCAUUUAGUAGAGAAAAUUCUCUGCUACAAAAAAAUGUUUUUCAACAUAGCCAUCACCAUUAUUCAUUUUGCAUCUAUGAGCUGAUUGAGACACUCUUCAUUUCAUGGUGCAGCAGCUGUGCAUGGCCAUCUGCAUUGUGGCUUGUCUUUCACAUCACUGUCACCACUGCUGAAAUGCACCAUCCACUGCCUCUCUGUGCUAACAUCCAGGAAGGGGCUCCUUGUGCCCCCUCAGCCUUCCUUUCUGGCCCAACAGUACAAGGAGUUGAAAUGCUGUUGGCUCUGUGCAACACUGCUCAGAAGCAACUAAAACACUGGUGCAUUAUCCACAUUUUUUCUCCCAAGGCCAAAACAUAUAAUGAUAUCAGACUUUCUACAGGGCUCAUUAAUUUUGGAGAAGUAAGAAAAUACUCCUUCUAAAAGAUGUGUCGAGUGAGAAAUCAGCACUUUAGCAUCCUCAUUCUACUCAAACUACCUGGCAACCUGACAGAUACAAGCAUUAGUUUUUAUUGAAGAGAUUUUCAGGAAAAAUCUAUAGAAAAGAGAUUAUUGUUAGAACACUUUCCUCUUAUGGUUCUGUAAGGUCAAAGCUUCUUAAAAAUCUUUGUGAUUUUUUUUUUUAAAGGUGUGAUUAAACUAUAUAUGAGAAACAAUUAUACCCAACCACACCUCUCUUCAACAGAAAUUCAUCCAAAUAGUCAUUUACCUAAAAUAUUCUCACAGCUGAAUUUUUUUUAAUAACAUUUUUUGACACUAAUGGAGAUAGAAUUGUGAUACAACAGCACAGUUUUGGGUUUUUUUAGCUAUGUCACAGAGAAGCUAGAACAAACUGUUCUGCAAGGAAAGGCAAGACAGGAGCUGAGUGAUCACAACAUAAGCAGUAACCUUACUGCAUCUGAUCUGGACAAUCAGAGUAGGGUCCAUUGACAGCCCUGGAAGUUCAACCAGAAGACAAACUACCAUUCAUGUAGGUCCAAAGCCAGCUCAGGUGGUAGUAGUACCAGAGACGGGCAGUCACACUUGUAGCAUGUGUCAUAGACUGAAAUGCCAGGUCUGAUCUUCAGUAGAGUUCCUGGCACAACAAGUAGAGAGAAUGUGUGGAGGUUCCUAAUGAGGCUUCUUAGAAUGAUUAGCAUCUAUUGGUAUGCUUAAUAUCCUAAUAGUCUGCUACCUUUUUUUUUUUCUUUUUUUCAUCAAACUGAAGGGAAACUAAUUUAAGAAAAGGACAACUCAGAAGUUAAAGAACUUGGCAGUAUUGUCUUCACAUCCAUAUCAGUAGUGUCAGAAGCCGCUUCUUAGCUGUGAUUCGGGAUUCAAUGUUAUGGAGGAAAUGAAGAGCUGACCUUGACUGCCCUUUUUUGCCUAGAUGUUCUCAUGUUGUGACUAGAAAUAAUUUAUCUGAGAGAUAAAUGCAUAAUGCUGUUUUUCAAAAAACUUCCGGUAAGGCACAUUUGUAUAAAUUUAUUAGUACAUGUAAACAUUGUCCAUACUAUUACAUUUAUUACUACUGUUUCAUCUCCCUUAUUUUCUUGUGUAACUACUCAUUUUGACUUCAUAAAUAUGAGCCAUUGUCACUAUAAAAAAUGAUAAAAUAAAAGCACAGAUCACAGUUUUUGCUUUAAUCACCUCAGUAUUGUAUGCAAUUUUACGUAGUGUUACAGUUAUCUUGUAAUUUCUUCACAUAUUCAGCUUUAUUUCACACCAUUCUGGGUGUUUGUUGUCACAUAAAAGGAAUGAGAAAAUUGAGGUCAAAUUAACAAGACGAUAAUGAAUCCCUGAGAAAAUGUUACUGAGGAGUUGCCAAGAAUGAGGCAAAUGAACAUCUGCACUGGAUUAUAAUGCUUCAGGAAAUCUAAAACAAGUCUAUGCUAAAAGAACACUCUGUUAAUCUUACUUGGUUUCUUUCCAUUUCUUCUUUGUUUAUACUUUCUUGGAUCCAAGGAAACACCAGUUUCUCUAUUAGUACCGUGACUGUCCAGAUGUGCAAACAAGCACUUGUAAAAUGCCAUUUUUGUAUAUGCUAAAAUCAGGACUAGUAGCAACAAUAAAAAAUAAUGCAAAACUUCA